CCGAUCCCAGAGGGGAAGGACUGAGUUUGAGCGAAGGGACAUGCCAACUGAGCACUGAAAGAGGGGUGCAGACACCGGUCAUUGCGGACUUGAUAUUUUCUGACACGGUGUAUCUGGAACUGCACUCCACUGGAGAAACCUUAGACAUCGUAUUUCGACAGGGAUAUCACUGUCAGGUGAUAGUAGUGAGGUGA